AUGGAUCCAAUUCAGUUCGAGAUAAUGUCUUUGUUAUCUGUUAAACCAUUGCUUAGAUUUGCGGCUACGUCUAAAGAAUGUCAAGACUACCUUUCUAAUGAGGUUUUCAUUCGUAAUCAAUGUCAAAAUUCACUAACCAAGGAAGUAGAAUCCUUGAUCAUCCAAGAAUGGUCAUGGCCAUUUGGAGUGGACACACAUGUUUGGGUUUGUUUUCUUCCAGAAACAUUGAACAUAUGUGAUAUUCCCAUGGAAUCGAAGAUAUGGUUGGAGAAAAACGAUCGUCGUCUCCUAGCAUCUAGUAAUGGUUUACUUGUGGGCACGACAUAUGGAGCGGACGAGGAAUCUUCAAAGAUCUUUAUCGGUAAUCCAGCAACGAAAAUGUGGAGUACCAUAGACUGGCCUCGUGAAGUAAAGGUAAACAAGGUAACUUACAACGAGUCCGAUAAUUCUCAUGUUUGUUUGGUUUGUGGUUAUGGUUUUGGAAUGGAAAUUAAUAAUCACCCAAUCGAUUAUACUCUUUUAUUGUUUACAAUGCACAUUGAUAUUGAUGAUAGUGAUAUAUGGAAUGUCGGGUAUAACGUCCACAUUCUUACCAACGGUGAGUUCAUUAUGAAACAUGCCAAUCUUCACAUAGGCCACAGGAGAUUGAUUUUCGAUGACCUGGUGGCAUGCCGUGAUGGAUUGUAUGUUAUUUCGGACUGCGGUGAUUAUUUAUCUGAACGUUCUGAAUUUUAUUUUCCUUACUUAUUCCACUACAAUGUCAAAAAUGGAACCUCCGCAUUCAUUGCGUUGCCCACAGGAGCAAUUGAAUAUUUCAACACUCACUGGCCAUUAAAAUUUUUUGGAUGGGAACGCAACCCAGGGAAAUCGUAUUUCGAAUCUAUUUGUUUGGCUAGUUACCACCGAGGCAUUCUUACUUUGUGGGUACUAGACGUAGCAACUGAAGACAUGCAAGGGAGAAAUUCAUGGCGUGAACAAAUUAGCAUUGACGUGGUUCAAAGUUUAAGCAUCCCUAGCCCUCAUCUAUGGACAAAUUGUUUAUGUCUCGUGGAUAAGACCUUGGUAUUCCGUUAUGGAAGUUAUAUACAUAGAUAUUUCCUGCAUGGGCAACAUUAUGGGCAGCUGGAAGUCAUAUCAACUAAUGUGCGUAGUUCAAGUCGUGAAGUACGAUUUAUUCCGUACUCCACCACUCUCCGUCCAUGUGUUACAGAUGUAAACGAGUAG